AUGCAUUGUAUUGAUGAUGGUGGUGCAGUAGUAAUGGCGUCUAUGAUAGGAGAAGCAGAAGCAGUUUCAUGCAAGAAGGGUUGGUGCUAUGACUGGUGCACGGGAAAGUGUGGGUUUGGACAUCCUCCAAAAUACUGCGAUGACAAGUGUACCCACGAGUGCCACUGCCUCCUAGCAACGCCUAGUGUAGUAAUGGCGUCUAUGAUAGGAGACGCAGAAGCAGUUUCAUGCAAGAAGGGUUGGUGCUAUGACUGGUGCACGGGAAAGUGUGGGUUUGGACAUCCUCCAAAAUACUGCGAUGACAAGUGUACCCGCGAGUGCCACUGCCUCCUAACAACGCCUAGUGGUCAAUCUCAAUCAUCGUUGUAA